CAAAUUUCCGAGGAGGUAUUGAAAGUGGCAAAGCCCUAAGCAACACUCUUGUUUUCGCUCGUGAUUAUGCUAUCACUGUGUAGCUAAGAAGUCUCGUUAUUGUCAGUCAGAAUCGUCAUGUUUAUGCGUGUUUAGCAUUGAAAUAUAUUUACACAGCUGCACCAUCUAAAGUUCUAAACGACGAUGACAUCUAAACUGAAAGUUGGGAAGGUCGGUUCCAAGAGUAAGGAGGAUGCCCCUUAUGAGCUGGAGAGCCAGUUUGUCCUCAGGCUUCCUUCGGAGUAUGCCUCAACAGUAAGAAGGAUUGCACAGUCUAGCAGUAUGAACAUGAAGGACAGACUCACCAUUGAGUUGCACCCUGAUGGCCGUCAUGGCAUAGUUAGAGUAGACCGUGUUCCUUUGGCCUGCAAACUGGUUGAUCUCCCCUGCAUGAUUGAGUCACUCAAAACGGUGGACAAGAAGACGUUUUACAAGACCGCAGAUGUCUGCCAGAUGCUCGUGUGUACACUAGAUGGAGACCUUUACCCCCCUUUGGAAGAGCCAACUGGCACUGACCCCAAGACCAAAAAGAAGGAUAAAGACAAGGACAAGAAAUUUGUUUGGAAUCACGGCAUCACCUGCCCUCUGAAGAACACGCGCAAGAGGAGAUUUCGGAAGACUGCGAAAAAAAAGUACAUUGAAUCUCCUGAUGUGGAAAAGGAAGUGAAGAGAUUGCUGAGCACAGAUGCUGACGCUGUCAGCGUCCGAUGGGAGGUUAUCGCAGAGGAUGAGUCCAAGGAAGCAGAUCAACACAGCUCUCUGGCCAACCUGGAUUCCUCACCUGGGACCUCAGGACACAAGAUGGGUCAUGGGUCCUCUGUCCAGCAUGAUGAACUGAGGGAGAUCUUCAAUGACAUCAGCAGUUCAAGUGAGGACGAGGAGGACGAAGGGGACCGGCAUGAAGAUGAGGACCUGAAUAUCAUGGACACAGAGGAUGAUCUGGUCCAGCAGCUCCAGGACAAACUUAAUGAGUCCGAUUCUGCACAGAAUGAAAGUGAUAGAAACAACCAGAUAGUUAUGGAGUACCAGGUGCAGAUCAACAACAUUAAGGCCAAGCUUCAGGAAACUCGUGCCCGCAAGAAACAGCAGGAGGAGCUCAUCAUGAAAGUGGAAAACCAGGCCCUCAAAAACCGUUUCCAAGCCUUGUUGGAUGAGAUUAUUCAGCAGGAGGAGCGGGAGAUGGAGCAGCUGGCCUCCCUGCAGGAGCAGCUGGACUCACUGAUAGAGAAGUGACCACCAGGGGGCAGUCACAUGUCAUCUUCUGGCAUACAGGAAAGACAAGGAGGAGAAAAGCCUUCAUCCAGGGAGAAGAGAAUUUUUAUUGGAAGUUGCUGUGUCAUUCCUUUAAAUUUGUGAUUUUCCUAUUACACAGCACACAGAUUGGUUCACUCAAAGUUUGUGUUUUUAAGUUGACAAAAUGCGUUUGUAGUUACUGUGAUUAAACUAUUCCACCUCA